AAGCUUGAAUUGCCAAAAAUCUGCUUAAAUUAUUGAAGUAGUUACUGUUAUAAUUUUCUUAGUCAGUACAGACUUAAUUUUAUUUCGCUGUAGGAGAAUCAACUGACAAAGAAUUUGGCAUGUGAGUGGGCCAUGGACAAAAUUCGUGUUAAUACAGUUGCACCAGCAGCAACUUUAACCCCACUUAUUGAAGCAGCAAUAAAGAAUCUAGUGCACAAAGAAGAAAUAGACAAACAUAUUGUUCGAACUCCUAUGGGUCGACCCGGAAAGCCCGAAGAAAUUGCUGGCACAAUAGCCUUCCUUUGCUUCCCUGCUGCUUCAUAUAUUACAGGCCAGAUUAUAUAUGUUGAUGGCGGAUUCACUGCUAACGGAAUUUAAUUAGAGAAAAUUGCCCUAGUCACAGGCCAGAUUAUAUGUUGUUUCUUUUCUUUUGGAUUUCUUACACUAAGCCUUAUCAUUCAUAAGUUUGUUGAAUAAUGUGAGACGGUUUGUUUAUACUUGGUAAUAUUAUUGAGUUUUUCGCCUUUUGUAGUUGAA